CCCCAAUUCAUUUCCGUUUCCCGCCCCCGCCCCCGCCCCCCACACUCUCUCUCUCUCUCUCUAAAAUGGCACCAGAAAAGAAGAAGCGCCGCCGCGCCAUCACCGACACCUCCGACUCCGACUCCGACAACGCCAAAACCAAAUCCAAACCCCACAAAAAAAACCUCAACUCCGACGCCGCCAUCCUCAAAACCCUCGAAACCCUCCUAGCCAACGAGCAAACCCAAGCUUCCACCUCCAACUCCAAGCCCCUAACCCUCUCCGAUCUCUCCCUCUCCUCCACCUGCCGCGAGGUCGCCGACCUCCCCCUCUCCUCCGUCCAGUCCAACAUCGAAACCCUAAUCCUCUCCCUCGCCCGCUCCAUCCUCUCCGGCCGCGGCUUCUCCUUCUCCGUCCCCUCCCGCUCCGCCGCCAACCAGCUCUAUGUCCCCCAGCUCGACCGCAUCGUCCUCAAGGACAAGGCCUCGCUACGCCCCUACGCCGCCGUUUCCACCGUCCGGAAGACCACCAUCACCACCCGCAUCCUCCAGCUCAUCCACCAGCUGUCGCUCAAGAACAUCCACGUUACGAAGCGCGAUCUGUUCUAUACCGAUGUUAAGCUGUUCCAGGACCAGACUCAGUCCGAUGCCGUGCUCGAUGACGUGUCCUGCAUCCUCGGCUGCACUAGGUCCAGCCUCAAUGUGGUCGCUGCCGAGAAAGGGGUUGUGGUGGGUAGGCUUAUAUUCAGUGACAACGGCGAUAUGAUUGAUUGCACAAAGAUGGGGAUGGGCGGAAAAGCGAUUCCCCCCAACAUUGAUCGUGUUGGUGAUAUGCAGAGCGAUGCAUUAUUCAUAUUGUUGGUAGAGAAAGAUGCAGCCUAUAUGAGACUAGCUGAGGAUCGGUUUUAUAACCGGUUUCCGUGCAUUAUUGUAACGGCAAAGGGGCAACCGGAUGUGGCCACAAGGCUAUUUUUAAGGAAGAUGAAGAUGGAGUUGAAAUUGCCAGUAUUAGCUCUUGUUGAUAGUGAUCCUUAUGGGCUCAAGAUAUUGUCAGUCUAUGGUUGUGGAUCGAAAAACAUGUCUUAUGACAGUGCAAAUUUGACUACCCCAGAUAUAAAGUGGUUAGGGGUAAGGCCGAGUGAUUUGGACAAGUAUAAGAUACCAGAGCAGUGCAGGUUGCCAAUGACAGAGCAGGAUAUUAAGACCGGGAAGGAUUUGCUGGAGGAGGAUUUUGUGAAGAAGAAUCCAGGGUGGGUGGAGGAGUUGACUUUGAUGGUGAAGACGAAGCAGAAGGCUGAAAUUCAGGCGCUGAGCUCAUUUGGGUUUCAGUACUUGUCUGAGGUUUACUUGCCGCUAAAGCUGCAGCAGAAGGAUUGGCUUUGAGUUUUGGAGUUUGAAACUGAGAUGACAUGUUGAGGGAAUUCAUGCAUUUCCCUUUCUUUCUCAAGUAUGAUGACUCUGAAGUUUGUUCGGUAUCGCUGAAACUUUACUACAUUAUUGGUUGCUUAUUCCAUACAUGCGUUCAGUGUUGGAAGGAUACUUGAGUUUCAUUUGAGUGCUAUAAAAUUCUCGCUGUGAUUGAGUUACCUUGAA